UGCCUUCCGAAACGGACGCGCGCGCUCCAACAGAAAAAAUCACAUCGACGAUGCCGAUACCCAACUUGUUCCCCACACCAAAAAAUAUCAGUGAAUCCUCUUGUGAUGCGAAACUUUUAUGAACACGAGUGUACACAAGUGUGUCAAGUGACCGUAAAUUUUGUAACGGGAAUGUUGUACCGGAAUGAAAAUUUCUUUCAAACUUACGCGCCGGGAUUAAAUAAGAUUUAUAUAUGAAAACAACGGAGAUUUUCUAGUUAAUUUUAGAUGUUCCUCGCUCAUUAUGCUCAGUCAAGUAAUCCAAGCACGCGUUACUAAAGUCACAAGUGCCGUACGAUUUAAGCGCCAAACAUUGGUUAAGGAUGAAAUAAAAAUAGAUGAACAUUAAGUAGGAACUUUAAUAUAUGAAGUGACAUUCGUUUUAACCAAGUGUCAUAAAACUAUUUGUCAGCGCGUUAAUUACGAAGUAGAAUAAAUGUUGACGUAUUUAGUAGGAAGUAGUAUGAUAGUUGUAAAAGCGAAUAAAUUGUGACAAGAUGUGUAGCUAUUUAGUCAUUAGAAGAUAGACUUUGAAUGGUACGAUAAUAGGAACAAUAAAUUACAGUGUUAAGUGAUGAUGAAAAGAAGAAGAGUGUCAAAUUAAAUAGUAUAUAUUUAUAAAUAAUAUAAUAUAGACAAAAUGGCCGGGGAAUUGAAGAGGAUAAAGAGGCAUUCAUAUAUAUUGAAUGCAAUACUGCUAUUCAUCUCAAUGAUUUAUGGAGCGGGUGGCCUCCGUACCACGGAACUGCGCAUCACGCCGCGGGUCGUACAGCGAGGCAAGAACGUCACAAUGUCUUGCCUAUUCCCACCUCACGAGUAUGGAGUGUACUCGGUUAAGUGGUACAAGGGAACUCAGGAGUUCUACCGGUACUCACCGCUAGAUUCACCCCAGAUAAGGCUGCUACCAGUCAAUGGGAUUAAAGUUGAUAGGUUAAGGUCGAAUGAGACACACGUAUUUUUAAUUCGGGUAGGGGCGAACCUCAGCGGCAACUACACGUGCGAGGCAAUACACAACUCACAUGCCUACCCUCAGUACAUGGCCUCAGCGAGGCUUGAUGUUGUUGCUGUAGGAGGUCUUCGAGCAACAGAUCUUCGGAUAUCCCCUCCAGUGGUGCAGAGAGGGAACGACACGACUCUAGCAUGUCUGUACGAGCUGACAGACGCGCCCCUAUACUCCGUGAAGUGGUAUAGAGGGCGCCACGAGUUCUACCGCUACUCUCCCACAGAGAAUCCUACUACGAAGAUAUUUCCCUUCGCUGGAAUCAAUGUUGAUUUGGCGAGGUCCAAUCAGAGUCAAGUGGUGCUAACCAGGGUCAGUUUCGGUCUAUCCGGUAACUUCAGCUGCGAGGUAACAGCAGACGCGCCUUCCUUCGCCACCUCUAUAGUUUCUAACACUAUGGAGGUAGUUGCUCUCCCGCCAUCUUUGCCGGUAAUACAGACGGACAAGCACUACUACGGCCCAGGCGACGUGCUCCACGCCAACUGCACGUCAGGACCAAGUCGACCACCAGCCGACCUCGUGUUCUUACUCAAUGACAUACCUCAUGAAGCAGACGCUCACCAAGUCCACCCAGCACCGGAGGGACUCUUCCGUUCCGAGAUUUACAGCAGUAUACAGCUGUGGCCAGCCCACUAUGAACGUGGAGCUCCCAUACUGCGCUGUCAAGCCAAGAUCGUAGACCUUUACAAAGAUGAUGCAGCUGUUGCAUUGUAUUCAGGGAAUAGCCACCCUAAAAUUGAGAGAGUUACAUCACCGGGGUCAGCAGGCAGCCUACAAGUGUGCCAAUUUUUACUAUUACUGCAAAUAAUUGUUUGGGCAAACAAUACUUAGGUACAAUAAAUUAUUAUAAAUAUAAAAUAAAAAUUGUAUAAAUUAUAAAAUAAUUGAUAAAUUAUAAAUAGGUAGAUGUAUUCGAUAAAGUCGGAUGAAAUUGUGAAUUUAAAUGAAAAAAAUAGUUAAUUGUACCUAACGAGCUAAUGACUAUGCCAAAGAAUGUAAAGACUAAGAUAUUGUUGAUUUAAUACAAAUUAUAUAUAUGUCAA